UAGGCUGUGUUACGACAUACGGGAGUAAAGGGAAACGGCAUUUCGUUCUGCCGAUGCUGGAAAGGCGUUUGUGUUGAUAACAUUGUUGGAUUAUCGACGUUAAUAUAGAUUAUCUUUUGAUUAAAUACAGCCUUUCAUUGCUAGGUACCAAAGCGAAAGAUAUAAAGUGUGUACAUAAACCAAGAAAAAUGUUUCUAACAGCAUCAGAGAUACCAAACUUAACGGCAGCAGAAAGACUAAAACCGACAGAAGCCAAUCAACCAAUGUUUGGCGUUGUCGACAUAAUGAUAUUAGUUAGUUUAUUUGGUCUUGCAAUCUAUUGGAUGUUUUUAAGAAAAAAGAAAACAUCUGAUAUGGAAUCUUUCAAAACUUUUUCUAUUGAACCAACGAUGAUGAGAAUGGACGAAUCAAGUUUCAUUAGCAAAAUGAAAUCUUCAGGUCGUAACAUUGUGGUAUUUUAUGGAUCUCAGACUGGAACAGCAGAAGAAUUUGCUGCCCGUCUGGCAAAAGAAGCACAUCGCUACGGAAUGAAAGCUAUGGUAGCCGAUCCUGAAGAAUGUGAUAUGGAAGACUUAACAAAAUUGUCAGAUAUUGAAAAUUCUCUUGCUAUAUUUUGUAUGGCAACUUAUGGAGAAGGGGAUCCUACAGAUAAUGCCCAAGAAUUUUAUCAAUGGCUACAAACUGGAGAUGCAGAUUUAUCGGGCAUUCGUUAUGCGGUAUUUGGACUUGGUAACAAAACUUACGAACAUUACAAUUCCAUGGGAAUUUAUGUUGAUCACAGAUUUGAAGAACUGGGAGCCACCAGAGUGGUCGAUCUAGGACUGGGUGACGAUGAUGCCAAUAUUGAAGAAGAUUUCAUUACUUGGAAAGAAAAAUUCUGGACAGGAGUUUGUGAAUACUUCCAUAUUGAAAAAACUGGUGAUGAUACUACUCUAAGACAGUAUGAACUUAUUGUUCAUGAUGAUUUGCCUAAAGAGAAAAUCUUUCAUGGUGAAAUUACUAGGCUGGGGUCAUUCAAUAUUCAAAAACCGCCAUUUGAUGCUAAAAAUCCUUAUUUGUCUACUGUAACUGUUAACAGAGAAUUGUAUAAAGGAGAUAGAUCAUGUAUGCAUAUUGAACUUGAUAUAGGUGAUGGAAAAUUCAGGUAUGAUGCAGGUGACCAUGUUGCAGUAUAUCCAACUAAUGAUCCAUCCUUGGUAGAAAAACUUGGAAAUCUGUUAGAUGUAGAUCUGAAUACAAUUAUUACUUUAAAAAAUUUAGAUGAGGAUAGCAGUAAGAAGCAUCCAUUUCCUUGCCCAUGUUCUUAUCGAACAGCUCUUCUCCAUUAUGUGGACAUAACAAGUAUCCCACGUACUCACGUCCUAAAAGAAAUUGCAGAUUAUGCCAGUGACGAAGAGGAAAAGAAAAAAUUGAAACUUAUGGGAUCAUCAUCAGAACAAGGAAAGACAUUAUACUUAGACUGGGUAGUUAAAAAUUGCAGAAGUAUAAUUCAUAUUUUGGAAGACAUGCCUUCCGUUCGUCCUCCUCUAGAUCAUGUGUUAGAAUUGCUUCCACGAUUACAAGCUCGUUACUAUUCUAUUUCUUCUUCACCAAAAGUCCAUCCCAAUUCAAUACACAUUACUGCUGUACUUGUAGAAUAUACUACGCCAACUGGACGUCAGAACAGAGGAGUUGCAACUCGAUGGUUGAAAACUAAAGUCAUAGAUAAUGGCUUGGUAGAAAAAGUACCUAUUUAUGUUAGACGGUCUCAGUUUCGUCUUCCCUCUAAUCCUAAAGUUCCUAUUAUUAUGAUUGGACCUGGUACUGGUUUAGCACCAUUCCGUGGAUUUAUCCAAGAAAGAAGUCAGGCAAAAAAAGAAGGUAAACCAGUAGGAGAAACAAUUUUAUAUUUUGGAUGCAGAAAAAAGUCAGAAGAUUUUCUAUAUGAAGAAGAAUUAAUAAAUUAUAAAAAUGAUGGAACAUUAACAAAACUUUAUCUUGCAUUUUCGCGUGACCAACCACAGAAGGUAUACGUCACCCACCUUCUUCGAGAAAAUAAGGAAGAAGUUUGGAACAUCAUAGGUGAAAAGAAUGGCCAUUUGUAUGUUUGUGGUGAUGCCCGAAACAUGGCUCGUGAUGUACAUAACAUCCUGGUGGACAUCAUACAAGAAGGAGGAAAGAAAUCAAAAGCCGAGGCAGAAGCAUUCGUUAAAAAGAUGGAAUCACAGAGAAGAUAUUCGGCAGACGUAUGGAGUUGA